GGCCGAAUUGGACAGCGACUAUCUUAGGUCUGCUGCGCUAGAGCAGAAGGGAGAGACCGUUUCAAACUCCCCUGCCUCCAUCUCUGAGAGCUAGGGGGAAUCAGGAUCAGCGGGUCCACCCCACAGCCGUUCAUUGCCUAACCAUGGCGGGUCCUGCAAACGCCGGUAUGAGCCCCUGGUACUCCUCCGGAUCUAGUAACGACGCUCCCUCCCCACUCCCAGCCCUUACCGAGGAGAAGCCGCGGAAGAGGAGAGCAUUUUGCCUGCCUCGGGUGAAGUCCAAGAACCGCGACGACAGUGGCAAGCAACAGCAGCAGCUACCGCAGCAACCCGUGGCAAACAACAACAACAAUAUGCCUUUCAUAAUCCACUGCCAGAUCGGGAAGGAGAUCAAGCACAUAUGCAGCAACUGCCGUGGCGCUGACCCUCGGGACGUUGAGGAGGUGGAGCGAAUAGCGGCGAUGCGAUCUGAUUCGCUGGUCCCUGGCACACACACCCCUCCCAUUCGGAGGCGGAGCAAGUUUGCCACCCUGGGGCGUCUCUUCAAGCCGUGGAAAUGGAGGAAGAAGAAGAGCGAGAAGUUCAAGCAGACAUCUUCUGUCCUAGAGAGGAAGAUGUCGACCCGGCAGAGCAGAGAGGAUCUGAUCAAGAGAGGAGUGAUGAAGGACAUCUAUGACAAAGAUGGGGCGGUAGUAAUGAGAGGAGAGGAGGAGAAGAUGGAGAACGGGAGGUCUCCAGCAUUAGGAGGGUCUGAUCCAUCACCAUGUGAUGGAGCUGAGCUGAUGGAUGGAGCAGGGUCAGCCAUAGGUACAGUUGAGUUCCAGAUGUCUGGAGAGGGGGCGUGUCCACAAGACCACACCCAGAAUCCCAGCCAGCCUCCACCCACUAAGAAGGUUAUGGUGUAUCCAGGCGAAGGGGCUGGGGCAGAGUCAUCACAUCACACCAUAAAACAUAAAAAACAACCCCCAGUGCUGCACCCUAAACCGUUCAACAGGCUGCCCAACCACAUCACAGACGGUAUGCCAGUGAAGCUGCCCUGUAUGUCCAUGAAGCUGUCGCCUCCUCUACCUCCUAAGAAGCUGAUGAUCUGUGUGCCUGUGGGUGCGGGGGGCAGCAUGGAGCCCUCGGCCCUCACCUUUCAGAAGUGCCCCCCUCCCUCCCAUCACAUGGGGUCCCUGGGGGGCCACUCCCUACACUACGGGACCCUCCCUGUGCCCCUACAUCCCCCCAGCCGCAUCAUCGAGGAACUCAACAAGACCCUGGCCCUCACUAUGCAGCGAUACAAGAGCUCGCUGCACCACGCGGUUCCCGCGGUGAUGAUAGCAUGUGACUACAACAAAGAGAACCUCCCCAACGAGGAAGACUAUCAAGAACUACCUGGUUCGUACAGGGAUGAGGAUGAUGAAGAAGAAGAUGACGAUGAUGAUGAUGAAGAGGAGGAGGAUGAUGAAGAUGAAACACUCUUUACAAGUACCCUGGCUCUGAAGGUGUUGAGGAAGGACUCCCUGGCCAUUAAGAUCAGUAACCGUCCAUCACAGAGAGAGCUGGAGGAUAAGAACAUACUGCCCACACAGUCAGACCAGGAGAAACUGGAGUUCAGGCAGCAGAUAGGCACCAAGCUCACACGGAGGUUGAGUCAACGGCCAACUACAGAAGAGCUGGAACAGAGAAACAUACUCAAACGCCACAAUGAGCUGGAGGAGCAGGAGGAGAUGAGGGAGCUCAAGAAACGCCUGUCGAGAAAGUUGAGUCAGAGGCCCACGGUGGAGGAGUUGAGGGAAGCUAAGAUCCUGACCCGCUUCAGUGACUACGUAGAGGUUGCUGACGCUCAGGACUACGACAGGAGGGCAGACAAACCCUGGACACGACUCACAGCUGCUGAUAAGGCUGCCAUACGUAAAGAACUCAAUGAAUUUAAAAACACAGAGAUGGAAGUGCAUGAGGGUAGUCGCCAUCUCACCAGGUUUCAUCGACCGUAGUUCUUCUUCUGCCAUCUUUUACAAUAACCUCAAGUGCUGGAUCGCAAACUACUGCCUCUGUGUACCACACCCCUUCGCUUCCAGACCAGAACACAACAAGACCAGAACUGGACCAGAACCACACUAGAACCAGAGUAGAACAUGUAUUGAAACUGACCGGAAACGUAAUCUGAACCUGGAGGGGUGUGUGUACAGAACUGGGCAGCUGACACUACUCCAGGCUCCAGCGUUGACCCAAAAUAUGUGCCAAUAUCUAGAGAGGGCAGACUGGACCAAUCACAACAGUAUCUUGGUUCUGUGUUUAUAGAGAGGUCACAGUGUGGCCAUGUUGGGGUUGUGGAGAGGGAGCAUAGUACACAUGGAGAUAGAUUGAUGGACUGACUGACUGGGUUCUCCUCUAAACGGAGAUUAUAUGGACUAAAACGUAUUGUUUUUAACAGCCUUUUAUUAUCCUUUUUAAUUAUGAAGAUAGUUAAUGUGUUUACUUUACUGCACUUUAGUUUUUGACGGUACUCUUACGGAGGAGUUAUGGAACUCUAUUCCUAUAUCUGUGCCAACAAGACUUUGGGAGUGUGGGAGAUUGAGUUCGGGAGGGCAUCCAUAAGGACUCUAUUCCUAUAUCUGUGCCAACAAGACUUUGGGAUUGUGCGAGAUUGAGUUUGGGAGGGUAUCCGUAAGGAAUACAGAGAGACAUCCUACAACUGAUUGGUUAAAAAAUGAUUAUCCUCCAUUGGUUAAUGUUCCUGCCUUUUUAAUACUUUUUGGUACAUUAUUAAUUUGACAAUUUUCCAUUGUGGGCUGCUGUUUCCAAAACAGAGGGACCAAACCCUUUUAAUCUGAUAGUACUGCAGAAUAGGAUUCUGUAAUAAAUGUGUUGUGGUUAAAGUAGUAUUUUACAAUACCGUACACGGUAUGUGCUAUUCUGAAGGAAACUGUAGUAGGAGAAUAUGAUCGGAAUAUUUACCUCUAAAAACGUUGAAAUACAACACAAAACUCUCCUGUCCAUGUUGUGUUCAUGUUGGGAUAUUGAAAUGUGAACCAAGCAAUAAUUGAACUUUUCUUUCCUCCGUCUGUCUUUCUGGGCUGCAUUCAAUUGAACAAGUACUGGGAACAUUUCAGAGAGCUACCCGCUCAAUACCAAAUACACUUUGAAAUGCUGUUGUGAUCUUGAAUGCAACCCAGAUCAUCAUUAUGACUGUUGAGAGUUUUGCAACCCUCUGUAUAGUGUCACUGUGCCUGUUGUAUUGUUUACAGGGAUGAAAACAUUGCCAAAUGUACUUUGUUUGAAUGACAUUUGAUCAAGUACGUUGUCAAUAUAAUGUUUCAGUAGCGUGCUCCAUAGACUGGUAAGUAUCCGUUCUGAAUGGAAUGGUUCAAUUUCUCAAUGUUCUCAAAACAGGAAUUGUAUGGUUCCACCUGGUUUGGCCUCAUAGUGGAGAACCUAUAUUAGACCACCCUUUGGCUGUGAAUGAAAGUACAGUACCACAUUUUGCUCACAAAAAGCCAGACACCUCAAAAUACAAGGAAAAACAUUAUUCUUUUAUUUUUACAAUGAACACAUGCAGUUGAUGAGUUGGUCUUGAUCGUUUAGUCUGAACCCUUUGACUUGUGGUGUGUGUGUGUGCGUACAUGUUCAUUAGGCACAAAACAGGAAAAUGUUUUACAACGGAGUGCUAACAUAACACGACCCAAGACUCAGUGUUGUUUCCCUGUGCCUCUCUCCUGUAUCCAAACUAACAAAAGAGGACACUCUUUGUAUAAUAUAUGUACAUAAUAGAAAAGAAACUUAAAUAUUUAAAUAUGAAUUUAAAUAUGUUUUUCUUUUUUGUACAGAAGGAAACUGCAUGUGAUGAUUGUUAACUAUUUGUUCAUCUUCUAUAGCCCUGUUUAUACCUGGUUCUAACUUGGGUCCUUUGUCCGGAUCUUGUCCAAAUUCUGGUUAUGCCUACAUUAUUAGGCAGGUGUAGAAAAUCAAAAGACACAUUGUGAUCUGAUUAUGAUCAGAUCAUUCUUCCCACAUCCGGAGGUAGUCAGGCAUGCAUUGUGUAGAAAGAUCUGGACAGAGAAACCAUUUAAAUCAUUGUUUUUCUGCCGUCUAAAAUCAUUGCGAGGUGGCACCAUUGACUGAUUACAUCAACAUAUCUUACAAUAAAUAAAUAUUAUUUUGAAAGAAUAA